GGGAUUAAAAUCAUCAUGUAUGAUGUUGUUAAUAGAUUUUGUUUUCUUUCUAUUGCAGGGCAAGCAAGAAUAAACGCUUUAGAAGAAGAAGAGCAAGCCCUGCACGCACUAAACUUACAGGAUGACUCAUAAGACCGUUUUGUAAACUAGCUCUCUUUCUGUACAGACCCCGCGAAUUUAAUUUUGAAAAUAAACGUCCAUUGUCCGCCAUUCCUCGUUCUCUCUGUGGUGUAGAGUGUUCAGUUAACAUUGUGUGUGUUGUGGCUUUAGGUCUUCCCGUCUUCCAGUGACUGCUGAUUACACGUGUUACAACUGGUGUCGGAGGUGAGAUGGAAAAACGCGAUGAGAACCUAGACGAACCCCCUUUGAUUCCAAUCAGGGCUACUUCCAGUUCAACCCCACAUCAACCACCACUGCUCGAAACAUCAUCAGAUUACUCUGUUUGGAAGUUUAAAGUCACAGCGUACCUGCAGAGAGUUCCAUUGUCCGAGCAUUUCAACUACCUUGUUUCCUAUCUGAGCGAUGAAGCAGUACGCAGGGCUAUAGCAAACGGUUUUGCGGCCAGUAACACGCUCCCACAAAACUGGAGGAUUUUAGACGACUGUUUCUCCCUGCCUGUAGACACCCAACAGAUGACAAUUCAGUUUUUGUCUCGCCACCAGAAACCUCAGGAAAACCCCAUCGACUAUUUUCACUCAUUACAGCAGCUAGCAACCCAGGCAUUCCCUAGCCUGGACAUCUUGGGGCGAGAAGAAAUUACACGCUCCCGUUUUAUUGAAGGACUGCUGCCAGGUGCACUGCGAGAACAUCUACUUCGAGUGCCACCGGCUGACACAGCCGACUUGAAACGAACGGCACUUCGGUUGUUGACUGCUGAAAGACUGUCAGUUCCAUUGGCGACCUAUCGACCAACCGUGAUGACUAUCGAUGAAGCCACCGAACCUAAUCUACAAGAUAGCUUUCAAAGCGCCGCGGCUGUUAGAGGGUUCCCUGACCGGAAUAGUAGACGAGGGCAGCCGACCCCCACAUGGAACGGGCGGUCGUCAAGGGACAACUAUCGAGGCCAGCAAACAGAAUGCUUCUAUUGCAGACGUUUAGGCAAAAAUGCCAAGAAAUGCGGGCAUAACCGCGUGAAAAACAGAGGUAAGCAGUGUCGUUUACAUAUAUCGUCUUGCUAUGUUAAACAUUUGUGCCCUGUUACUAUUAAGGGUAGAGUGCAAAGUACUGAGAUUAAUAUACUAUUAGAUACAGGAGCUUCAGUAUCCUUGAUCAAGGAAGACCUCUUGCAGAAACUUACCCCAGCACUCAGCGUAAACAACGCUCUUCUACCUUAAUUACCGCGAGCGGAGAACCCUUGAAAGCGUGUUCUAAGAUAGGGUUAGAGCUGACGAUUGACAAGAAGCCUUUUCAACAUGAAUUCUGGGUUUUCCCCACACUGACUUGGGACAUGAUUCUCGGGGUCGACUUCAUGUUAAAAUACCAGGUCUCUAUACACAUGAAUAAGUCAGAAGCGAGUAUUGGUGGAGUUGUCGUACAAAUGCAACACCAUGAAAUACCAACUAAGUCCGUAGCCCAGGUGGGAACUGCAGAGAUUGUACGUCAGGUACAAGAUAACCAAUUAAUAAGUGAAAAGGACCGUCGGGCUACCAUUGACGUACUCUAACGAUUUAGCACUGUUUUCUCGGAGAACAUCUCUGGAAAUCGGACAACCAUUGUGUAACAUUCCAUUGUCACAGGUGACCACAUGCCAUUACGCCAACCACCUCGCAGGGUCCCGGUGCAUUAUCAGCCUCAUUUAGAAUCCAUGAUAAAAGAUAUGUUAGAAAAAAAGAUUAUUGUACCAUCUUCAUCACCCUGGGCAUCGCCAAUUGUCUUAGUAAAAAAGAAGGAUUCCUCCCUACGACUGUGUGUAGAUUACCGGCGCCUUAAUGCUAUAACUAAGCGUGAUUCUUUUCCACUUCCACGGAUAGACGCUACCUUAGAUGCCAUGAAAGGUGCUCGCUGGUUCUCAACGCUAGACUUAGCAUCAGGGUACUGGCAAGUGGAAGUCCGACCCCAAGAUAGAAAAAAACUGCAUUUGUAGUGCCUAAUGGCUCAUAUGAAUUUCAAGUAAUGCCUUUCGGGCUAACUAACGCCCCAGCUACCUUCCAACGAUUGAUGCAGACAGUUCUGCAAGGUCUCGUACCGCACCAGUGCUUAAUCUACCUUGACGAUAUUAUUGUAUAUGGCAGCACGCCAGAACAACAUAAUGCCAAUUUGAAGGCAGUCCUACAACGUAUUAGGCAGCAUAACCUAAAAGUGAAACCAUCUAAAUGUCGACUAUUGCAAAAAGAAGUGCUUUUCUUAGGGCACCGCAUUACAGAAGAUGGAGUGGCAACAGAUAAAGAAAAGACACGUGUGAUUGUUAAUUGGCCGCAACCAAAAUCACCUGAAGACGUUCGUAGCUUCCUUGGACUAGCUUCUUACUAUAGACGCUUCGUACGUGAUUUCGCAUCAUUAGCAGCACCUUUACACCGAUUAACCCACAAAGGACGAAAAUUUUUAUGGACCAGCGAGUGUCAACAGGCGUUCGAUGCUUUAAAGGCUCAGUUAACUUCUCCACCUAUAUUAGCCUUCCCAGAUACUUCAGCAGACGGAGGCGAAUUUAUACUUGAUACGGAUGCUAGUUCCUCGGCUAUUGGAGCAGUUUUAUCACAAGUAGCUCGAGAUGGACACGAAAGGGUCAUUGCGUAUGCUAGUCGACGAUUAGAUAAGAGUGAAGCACGAUAUUCUACAACACGUCGGGAGAUGUUAGCACUAGUAAAAUUCUUACAGCAUUUUCGCCAUUAUCUGUUGGGCAAACCCUUUCGUGUGCGCACGGAUCACCGUGCACUGCAGUGGCUCCGUUCUUUCCGCGAACCAGAAGGGCAAGUGGCACGCUGGCAGGAGAGACUACAAGAGUUCGAUUUCACAUGCGAGUAUCGACCGGGAAAUCGACAUGCAAACGCGGAUGCCCUCUCCCGAAUACCCCAGACCACAGAUAUUAUUAACGCAAUUCUUAGUACAGCUCCAGAGACAGACUGGCCCUCCCUACAAGCAGCAGAUCCAGACUUACAGAUUGUUUAUCAAAGACAGCUACAUGGAAAUAGUAAGCCAUCCAUGAGGGAGCUUAAAGAUCAAUCCGUAACAACUCGUCGUAUCUGCACCAAAUGGGGUAACUUCAAGCUAUAUGGUGACACAUUAUUCCUAAUGAAUGAAUCAAAACAACCCCUACUGAUAGUACCGCGAGUGAAAGUUGAAAGUAUUGUGGAACAGGUACACCGUGAACUUGGUCAUGCGGGAGAACGGAGAACUGAACACGCUGUUCGUCAACGCUUUUGGUGGCCUUCCAUACACGAAGAUGUAGCUCAGUUUUGCAAGAAUUGUAACACGUGCUGCCGUUUUAAAUCGCCUCAGCAGACACCCCGUGCACCAAUGACGCCGAUGGUAACGACAGGACCACACCAGCGAGUUGGUAUAGACUCAUGGGACCACUAACUACGACAAAAAACGGGAACCGCUACGUACUGGUUAUGGUGGAUUAUUUCACUAAAUGGUGCGAAGCUGUACCCCUUCUACAGCAAGACGCCCUUACUGUUGCCCGAGCUUUCAUCGAUCACUGGGUCUCCCGUUAUGGUGCCCCUGUCUCACUCCACUCCGACCAAGGUCCAUCCUUUGAAAGCCACCUCAUUACUGAGAUAUGCCGGCUAUUAGGAAUCAAGAAGACACACACCACUGCCUAUCACCCAGAAGGUAACGGCCUCGUAGAAAGAACAAACAGAACUAUUAAAGCCAUCUUGCAGUCGUUUGUCAGCAGAUCGUCACCGGAGUUAUGGGAUGAGGUGCUUCCCCAAUGCCUUUUAGCAUAUCGUACGUCGGUACAUGGGUCCACGGGAUUCUCGCCUGCUAUUUUGCUGUUCGGGCACGAACUACGCCUACCAGUAGAGAUACAGUCACCCCUGCUGCCCUACGAAGAACAAGAGCAUGUUCCGUACAUACGUACUCUUCGCAACCGACUAGCUGAUGCCUACCGUCUGGUCAACAUUAACUUAGGCAAGGCUAGUGGACACCAAAAAGAUAUAUAUGAUCGUCAAGCACAAGGACCUAGGUAUACGGUUGGAGAUCGCGUCUGGUUACGCCGCCCAAUGACGUCGCUAGGGGGUUGCAGUAAAUCCCAUCAACCCUGGCAAGGCCCCUUUGAAAUUGUCCUCAUCCGAUCGCCCGCCACGUUUGUAUUGCGUAACAUACAACGACCUAAAGACGAUGUGAUAACGGUGCACUACAACCAGAUAAAACCCGAUCGGACGACAUUUCCCUUCGAUGCUCAACUCGCUGAUCCACCGCCGGCCACUAGAUUUUACGAAGUACCAUCUGAAGGAGGGACAGCAUACCCGUGCCCAAGAUCAGGCACUGAGGACAGUGCCUCAUUAAGAGAGGGGGCGAUGUAACGGGAUUAAAAUCAUCAUGUAUGAUGUUGUUAAUAGAUUUUGUUUUCUUUCUAUUGCAGGGCAAGCAAGAAUAAACGCUUUAGAAGAAGAAGAGCAAGCCCUGCACGCACUAAACUUACAGGAUGACUCAUAAGACCGUUUUGUAAACUAGCUCUCUUUCUGUACA